AUGACGACCCAGUUCCUUCCCCAGGGGUCCGAAUCCUCCUACGACUACAUCAUUGUUGGUGGUGGCACUGCUGGCUGUGUCAUCGCCUCUCGUCUCUCCAGCUACCUUCCCGAGCGCAAGGUGCUUCUGAUUGAGGCCGGCCCUUCUGAUUUCAACCUCAACAAUGUUCUUGAUCUUCGCCAGUGGCUUUCCUUGCUCGGUGGCGAUCUCGACUAUGACUACGGCACUGUUGAGCAGCCCAUGGGCAACUCCCACAUCCGUCAUUCUCGCGCCAAGGUCCUCGGCGGCUGCUCCUCCCACAACACCUUGAUCUCUUUCCGACCCUUCCGCCAUGAUAUGGACCGCUGGGUUGAACAGGGUUGCAAAGGCUGGACCUUUGAAAACAUGAUGCGCCAUGCCGACAACUUGCGCAAUACCUUCCAGCCUGUCCACGCUCGCCACCGCAACCAGCUCUGCAAGGACUGGGUCAAGGCCUGCUCCGACGCUUACGACAUCCCCAUCAUACCCGACUUCAACGAAGAGAUUCGCACCAAGGGCCAGCUCACUCAGGGUGCCGGCUUCUUCUCCAUCUCCUACAACCCGGACAACGGCUAUCGCAGCAGCGCCUCGGUUGCCUAUAUCCACCCUAUCCUGCGGGGCGAGGAGCGCCGUCCCAACUUGACUGUUCUGACCAAGGCAUGGGUCAAUAGGAUUGUCGUCGAGAAUGACACUGCUACCGGUGUGUCCAUUAUUUCGAAUGGCCAGAAGCUCCUCCUUAAGCCCCGCAAGGAAAUCAUCCUUUCAGCCGGUGCCGUUGAUACUCCACGCCUCAUGCUUCAUUCCGGCUUGGGACCUCGUGCCCAGCUGGAGAGUUUGGGUCUCGAUGUUGUCAAGGACAUUCCCGGUGUUGGUGAGAACUUGAUUGACCAUCCCGAAACCAUCAUCAUGUGGGAACUCAAGAAGCCUGUGCCGCCAAACCAGACCACCAUGGACUCCGAUGCCGGUGUCUUCCUCCGCCGCGAGGCCACCAAUGCCGCCGGCAACGACGGCGAUGCCGCUGACAUCAUGAUGCACUGCUACCAGAUCCCAUUCUGCCUGAACACAGAGCGCUUGGGUUAUCCUAUCAUCAAAGACGGUUAUGCUUUCUGCAUGACACCCAACAUUCCCCGUGCCCGCUCUCGUGGCCGCGUCUUCCUCACCUCAGCCGAUCCCGCUGUCAAGCCUGCUCUCGACUUCCGCUACUUUACCGACCCUGAAGGCUAUGAUGCCGCGACACUGGUUGCGGGUAUUAAGGCCGCCAGAAAGAUUGCGCAGCAGAGCCCGUUCAAGGAGUGGCUCAAGGAGGAGGUGGCCCCCGGCCCCAAGGUCCAAACUGAUGAGGAGAUUAGCGAAUACGCUCGCCGUGUUGCCCACACUGUCUACCAUCCCGCAGGUACCACAAAGAUGGGCGAUAUUACCAAGGAUGAUCUUGCUGUAGUUGACCCCGAGCUCAAGGUCCGUGGGAUCAAGAACCUGCGUAUUGCUGACGCUGGUAUCUUCCCUGAGAUGCCAACGAUCAACCCCAUGAUCACUGUCCUCUCCAUUGGUGAGCGUGCUGCCGAGUUGAUUGCUUCCGAGGGAGGAUGGAAGCCCGGCAACAAGCCGGCUAGGUUGUAA